CAUAAAAUCCGACUUGCAAUCCAUCCCGUAUGUAAGGUUUCGGGUCCUCAAAAUUCGGGUUUCAGUUUCGGACAGCACAACAUUAUUACUAGACUGUUGAAAAAUCGAAACUUUACUCUCCGUCUCUCUCCCCUUGCGCGACGGAAUCUGCCAUGGCUGAGAGCUCGAGCUUUGAAGCUCCGCAAGUAGAAAGUCAAGUACGACGUGAUGAGGAACCGCUUGAGGAAUUGGAGGAAUUCCACGUGGAGGAUGAUGAGGAAGAAGAAGAAGAGGAGAAGAGUCAACUCGGUGAGUCGCAGCAAUUCGUUGAGCUGCCGAGUACUGAAGCGGAGGUGAGAGAGCCUCAAUCGGAAAACUUAGAAUCGCCUUCCCCGGUUUCUUCUUUCCCGGAGAACGGUUUGCGGGUGAAUUCUGCUCCAGAAUUCCAUGAGGAAGCCGAAUUGAAGGUUAGUGACGAGCAAGUUAAAGGGACCCACCAGGAAGCUUUGAGAACUGUUACGGCUCAAUGUUCUGAACCCCAAAUUCAAAGUCAGCUCGAGUCAUCUGCUUGUCCCGCUCCCUUGUCAGAACUGUCGCCAACUUCUGUUACGCAAUGCAUAUCUUCUGCUCAAAGUCCAACAAUGCCCAAGGUUGAUAGCUUUUGCACACCCGAAGCAAUUAAACUGAAGUCUUCGGACGUUAAAGCUCUAUCUGUAGAUCCAGUUGUUAAAACUUUGGUUUCGGAUGGUUACAACUGGCGAAAAUAUGGUCAAAAACAAGUUAAGAGUCCCAAAGGCUCUCGAAGCUAUUACAAGUGUACUCAUUCUGACUGCAGCGCGAAGAAGAUUCAAUGCUCUGAUCACUCAGGUCAUGUUAUAGAGAUUGUUAAUAAAGGAAUGCAUGCUCAUGAUCCUCCAAAGAAGAGUAACAGCACCAGAGAAAACAGGCUUGCAGUAUCACCUACCCCGACUUUGGCAAAUGAUGUCACAGAGCGUCCUAUUGGAAUGCCUACUGCCUCAGAUGCAUCCACUUCUUUGAGACAACCUACAGAGCAAUCAAGUACCAUGCCUGAAAGAAAACGACAGACCUCAAGUGGCUCCAAGGGUAAUGGUGAAAGUCAAGUGAAGGAGGAGCAGGUUAAUGAGCCAGUACCAAAACGGAGAUUGAAGAAAGACAAUUUGGUGUGUUCGGAUUCUCUGCUAAAACCUGGGAAAAAAACAAAGCUCGUUGUGCAUGCAUCAGGUGAUGUUGGUAUCUCAGGUGAUGGAUACAGAUGGCGCAAGUACGGACAGAAAAUGGUGAAAGGAAAUCCUCAUCCCAGGAACUACUACAGAUGCACUUCUGCUGGAUGUCCUGUCCGUAAGCACAUUGAAACCGCUGUAGAUAACACAAAUGCUGUUAUUAUUACAUAUAAAGGAGUACAUGACCAUGACAUGCCCGUACCAAAGAAGCGGCAUGGCCCGCCAAGUGCUCCUCUUGUUGCUGCUGUUUCUCCUGCUGCUAUGAACAAUGCACAGUCGAAGAAAAGUGACUCCUUCCAAAACCAAAGAACUUCAACCCAGUGGUCUGUAGGCACUGAAGGUGAAUUAACUGGCGAAGCAUUGGACCUUGGAGGCGAGAAGGCAAUGGAAUCAGCUCGAACUCUUUUGAGCAUUGGAUUUGAAAUCAAGCCUUGUUGAGAACUCCUUUGUUUUCUCGAGUGUAUGGAUGAUGGUCUCCAUAUAAGUGGAUGUUGUGAGGUUUGACAAUUUCCUUUACUCCCUUUUAAGUUAUUUUUUUAUUUUCAUCUCGCUUUAGUGUAUCGGUAAACAGUUGUAUAUUUGGUGUUGUACACCUUGACUGGAUAGAAUGUCCUAAUUCUAGUUUGAACAAAAUAAAAUCGGUUGGCGCCACAUCUUCCACGACUUGUUUGUAACCAGUUCUGUAUCUGCCAUAUGAUCAUAUCAGUCCGAAACGCUGAUUCGUAAGUUUGAUAGGCAAGUUAUGUAUGAAAAUAGGUUUUCUUUGAUAAGUUAUAUUC